AUGGGGGUGGAACAGACCCAUUGCGAUAACUCUGCCUCUUCGGCAGGCUACGCUCAUGAUGAGGAUGUGGUGGAAUCAUUAAUGCCCGAAUCGCGCAAAAAAACGUCACCUACCUAUACAUUUGAAGUACAUGUCGGUCCAAAGGGAACAAUGCGAGAGCGAUUUGAAUGGCGGAAGAGCCGUGGCAACGAAAUCAAAGAACUUGCGGGUCAUUCAUACGGAUGGAAGUUGGUACGCUUGGCCGGACCAGUGAACAGUUUAGAUGGGAGGAGCAGAAAGGAACGAGAGUAUGGUUAUACAAGCGAUGGAUUAGAGGUUGUGGCUCUCAUCGCACAUAACGCUUCAUGGAGCAUGAACAAAGGGUUUCGAUUCGCCUCUAUGGGCAGCGGGCUGACGGGUACCAUGGGAGAAAAUUGGGUGAUUAUUGUGGUUACUUCAGCUCUUCAGCUGUGGUAUAUAGACGUCCAAGGUAACGCGGCUACGACCUCCGCUGCAACUACUGCCGCGACUUGUUGA